UUCCUAAAAAACAAACCAAAAAAAAUAAUUUAAUUUAAUUCUUUAAUGUAAGCUGACCGGCGUUUUUAGUGCGAAUUUCAUUAAACAACCACAGCUGUCUUGAGGGUCUUAUCAGUUGCGUGAGAAAGAUGACAGGAAGAAGAGCCUUUGCUUUUAUCUGCCUCCUGUUAAUGGGCACUGUAUCAGCCUCUAUAAACCCAAAUCUCGAGAUCUUCAACCGCAUGCUCAGUGACAUGGAUGAGAGAGCCCAGCCUUGCCAGAACUUCUACAAUUCCUCCCAAAAGAAUCUUGAAUGGGCCGAAUCUCCGACGGUGAAUGCCCAGUUUGAAGACCUAUUCGAGGGACUGAAGAACCAAUCCUUCAAGGAGCACAGCUUGGAGGAGAAAGUGCGACGCUUCUACCAAAUAUGUCAGGCAUCGUCAAAGGCCCCAGGUCCUAUAAAGUACUUUAAGCUGGUGCCGCCGGGCGAGAACCUGCCCUGGCCUCAUCUUACACCCAAGGGAAGUGUGUGGCCCCGGGAAAAGUUCAAGUGGAUGGAGACAUUGGCACGACUUCGGCGGUAUGGCCUAAAUGACGUCAUGUUUGGAAUGAAUGUAAGACUAGAUCCGGACAGGGGCCAGCCCAUAGUGGUUAUUGUAAGAAAGUACAAUUUCCAAUUCCGUUUCCUCGAAUCCCUACUCCGCCUUGGCCUGCCCCAAGAAAUGGUUAAGGAAAUAGCGCCACUGGAUCAUGCCCUUCGGGAUAUGUAUACAUCGGAUAAGCAGUGGGAACACGAGGGAAGAAACUCCCCAAGACGGCGGAUCAGUCUAGGGGAACUGGAGCUGCAUGGAGUGUUCCUAAGCGAAUAUCUCGAGAUCGUCUUUGGGCGCACCUUUUCGCAGGACUUUGAAGUGCAGAUGGAGAAUAAGUUCUACAUGAUGAGGCUCCAGGAACUAAUGCCCGCCGUCGAUAGCCAGGUGGUGGCCCAUUAACUCUCGGCACGCUUCCUCUUCUAUUCGAUGUUUACUCUAGCAAAGUCAAAGCAUGGUGACACUGACUCCUGUGUGAACGUCAUGCGCUUCUGCCUGGAGUUCGCCAGCAAUUUGCUGUACGAGGAGCGGAUUUUGGGACGCAGAAAGUUCCGGAGCCACAUGAACCAGGCGGGAAAGGUGUUUAAAGCCAUGCGCAACCAGCUGCUCGUCAGGCUGGAGAGAAACUCCCUGAACCUGACGCUGCCCGAGAUAAACUCCAUGCGGAAUCGCUUGAAGAGCUUGUCCCUGAGCGUAGGGAACCUGCCAGGGAAGGGCGGACACCGGCGAUUUGUGGCUGACUACUACAAGGAUCUGGAGUUUGAAGGCGACGAGGAUCUCGAGACUGCCCAACUCAAGAUUUUGGAGUUUCGAACGAGCAUUGAGUUAAGCCUGCUGGACCACCCUGUAGCCCAAGACAGGCGAUACGUGAUCCACUCCUAUCCCAUAUCAAAUAAUUUUUUUGAAUCUGCCAUUGAGGAAGAUGGCAACACUCUCUACCUGUCCUACGACAUUCUAGCGGAUUCUUCCUUCGAUCCAGACGCCCAUGACAUAUUCAAGAUGAUUCCCCUGAGCUUGCUCUUUGGAAGGAGCAUGUUGGGAGGUUUAAAUAUGCAAGAAAAAUGCGAGCGGCAAGACGUCAAUCUACUCAACCUGUUCGAUGAUAACCAGAUUAUUACCGGCAAACACAUAUGUGCUAACUUGUGGGAUAAGAAAUGGGAGCAGAACUUGCGCGAAGAGUACCUCCUGGUCCUCAAUUUGGCCCACGAAGCCUACUUCGCAGAGGGCUCCAAGUUCAGUCAGAGGCAACCCAACUUCACCACAAUGUCCCUCAGGGAGUUGUUCUUCUUCAGGUUUGGCCAGAGCACCUUCGGCAAGCAUUUGUACUCCCGAAGCGAUUUCGUUAAGGGCGGUCCACCCAUCAACUCUGUGACCAUGCUGCCCGCUUUUGUUCAGACCUUUAACUGCCCGGAUAAGGGAGAGUUACUCACCCAGAAAAAUUAAACGUGGAGAUAAGCAAAAGUUGAUACAUACAUUUCGUCUCUACCUCAUGCAAAAGUGAUACUGCAGGAUAUAUUGAUAAAAUCAAUGUACUAAUAUAUAAAACUCGACUUCCUUUUAAUAAAAGGAUAUACUGUGAGGAUAUUUCAAUGCAGACUGUUGCAAUGACCAUA